AUGACCGUCACAAACCCCAGACUGUUGUUCUUGCACGGUUUCUUGCAAAACGCCAAGGUAUUCUCGGAAAAGUCUUCUGGUAUUAGGAAGCUGUUGAAGAAAUCGAAUGUCGAGUGUGAUUAUAUCGAUGGUCCGGUCGAGUUGGAGAGGGAGGAUUUGCCCUUUGAGCUUGACGACGAGAAGUGGCAAGCAUGUUUGGACACUCAGGUUAACAAAGCGUGGUUCUACCACAGCGACGUCUCCUCGGAGUUGAACUUGGAUGCUGCUAUCAAGUACGUCGCCGACUACAUCAAGGACAACGGGCCCUACGACGGAAUCGUCGGUUUUUCGCAAGGUGCCGCAGUGGCCGCUAUUGUCACGAACCGCAUCAGGGAAUUGGUACCAAAACAUCCGGACUUCAAGCUCAGCCUGCUGAUCGCAAGCUACUCGUUUACUGAGCCUGAUCCAGCCCACGAAGGUCUAUUGAGAAUCGCUGAAAAGUUCCAAAACGACUUCAAGCCCCGGAGCCACAGCAGGACUCGCAUGUUGUUCAUCUACGGUUCUGCCGACCAGGCCGUGCCAGCCACACGGGCUCAGUAUCUCGCGAACCUCUACAAGAAGGCGCUGGGGCCGGAACAGGUCAAGGAGUUCGAGCACCAGGGUGGCCACAUGGUGCCAAACAAGAAAGAUAUCAUAAGACCAGUGGUGGACGAAAUCAACGAGGCGCUUGCAGCCUAG